AGCAGAAGUCUCCGGAGGCUGCUUGAAGCAUGGGCUUACAGUCGGGCACUGCCAGAGAGGCGGUGCGUAAUGCGUGGACACAUCGGCCUCAAAACGCAGCCGUUUAGGGGGAGAGGGCACGCAAACAUGACUUUGAGUUCUGACGGUAGCUUGCCAGAACUUCCUGUAAUUGGUCCGAAAGUCUGAACCAUCCACACCAGUUUGAUACGGACCGAGACCACCUCUUUUCGUUGGACCAAGGUUCAGCUGUUUGUAAAAAAAACGAGUUGUCAUGGCACCACCAAGAAAAAGGGCGUUACCCAAACCGCUCCCAGAGGGCUUCAUACUGACCGACAGUGAGAAGAAGAGAUGGAGGCUGGGGAAAAUGAUUGGUCAAGGUGGCUGUGGACUGAUCUAUCUCGCCACCCAUGAUGAGGACCGACCUGUUGCAGCAGACUCCAACUUCGUCAUAAAAGUGGAGUACCAUGAGAACGGCCCCCUGUUCUCCGAGCUCAAGUUCUACCAGAGGGCAGCCAAAGCGGAGAGCGUGCAAAACUGGAAGAGAAGCCGGAAACUGGAUUUCCUGGGCAUCCCGACGUACUGGGGAUCAGGACUCGCUGAACAUAAUGAACUCAGGUAUCGUUUUAUGGUCAUGGACCGACUGGGCAGCGACCUCCAGAAAAUCUGCGAGCACAACGGAGGUCGACUGAAGAAGGCCACCGUUCUCCAGCUCGGUCGAGGACUGGUGGACGUACUGGAGUAUAUCCAUGAGAACGAGUAUGUCCAUGCAGACAUUAAAGCUGCCAACCUCAUGCUGGGUUACAGAGACCCUGAACAGGUCUAUCUCGCUGACUAUGGGCUGUCCUACAGAUACUGUCCUGAUGGAGUUCACAAAGAAUACAAGGAAAACCCCAAGAAGGGCCACAAUGGAACCAUCGAAUACACCAGCCUCGAUGCCCACAAAGGAGUCGCUCCAUCUAGACGUGGUGACUUCCAGAUUUUGGGUUUUUGUCUUCUUCACUGGUUAUGUGGGUCUCUGCCUUGGGACAAAGUUCUGAGGAACCCAACUCAGGUCCAGGAGGCCAAGGACAGACUGAUGGAUAAUCUGCCAGACUCAGUCCAGCAGCUGUCAGUGAGCGGAGCCAGCACAGAUGAGGUGGCUGCGUUCCUCAGUUAUGUGAAAACUCUCGGCCACCAAGAUAAGCCAAACUACCAGCGUGUCAAACAGCUGUUGGCCAGUGGUGUCACGGGAAGACUGGACUUCUCCGUGCCACGAGGACCUGCAGUUGGGUCCACCACCAAGGCACAAGAUCCCCCCACCAGAGAAAAGAAAGCAGGACGAGCCAGAGGGGCCUCUAAAGCCAAGGCUGUGGCCACCGUGGUGGAUGAUGAUGAUGAUGAAGAAGAGGAGGAGAAGAAGAAGUCUAAACCAGUGCCAGCUCGCUACAAAAGAGGACCGACCCCCACUAAACCUCAGUCACAGAAGGAAAAUGGAGCUCCGCCUGCUGUCAGCAGAUCACUGAGGUCAAGACCUGUGGUGGAUUAUGGAGAGGAUGACAAUGAUGAAGCUGAGGAUGAAGAAGAAGAGGAGGAGGAAGAGGAGGCCAGUCGUAGACCCACACAGAUCGCUGCAUGUUAUCUGAGAGGCCCUCCAGUCGGCCCCAGAGAUCAGCCCAAACAGAAAGCUAAACCCAAACGGGCCGGCAGGAAAACGGACGACCUCGCCGUGACCUCAGAGAGACGGGAACGACGACUCCACUCGCCAAGGAGACACCACAUAUCGACAAACUGGGACGCCAAGGAACGAACACACGUGGACGACAAGGAACGAUGGGAUGAAAGUCUGCUCCUCCACAAUGAGGAUGUAGACCAGCGGUGGGUAGGUCUAAAGAUGGAGGAGGAGGAGGACUGGGAUCUGAGCCCUGAGGGCCAGCGGGUGCUCCACCACAUCGCAGGCUACAGCCAUCGCCAGCGUUCCCACAGUGGCCUCCGCUAUGAACACAGCUUCGGUGAACGAGAAGCUCCCAGACACCCACAACAGGAAGCUGCUCCCACACGGACCAAUAGAAUGUCUUCCUGGUUUGUCUUUGUGGGCGUCUUCUUUGUCCUGGGUGCCUUUUACGGCGUAGUAUUAGGACAACAUUGAGGGAAAAAUAAUUAAUCUGAGAUUUUGAGAAUAAAGUCAUAAUAUUAUUAAGUAGUAAUUUUACGUGUUAUUUUAGAGGGGAAAUAGAGCAGCGCGUGUGAAAAUGAGAAACGUGGAGCAUCUUGUGAAGUUAUACUUUAGUUUACGUUUCACAAAUAACUAAAUCAGUAUCAGGACCUUGAAAAGAUUGUGCAAGGAUCUGCGUUUAAUCCGAAGAAAGAACCACACGGACCUGAUGGGGAAACUGCCUCUUCUCUGGAGGAGGAAAUUCCUUUUCUCGUAAAGUUAUGAAUUUAUUCUUGUAAUAUUACGACUUCAUUCUUGUAAUGUUAAGACUUUUUUUUCUUGAAAUAGUAUGACUUUAUUCUCAUAAAAUUACAACUUUUUUUUCUCGUAAAGUUAUGGCUUUAUUCUCAU